AUGCAUCUAAGCGUUCCAAAGAUGGCUGUGUACUGUGUAGGUAUAGGUGUACUGCACUCUAAUUACAAUAUUGUCCAAAAAACUAAACUCACUCCUGAAUCCUCCAUGUUCACUGGCGAAUGUCUUGGCCUAGUAAAAGCCAUAGAAUACAUCCUUCUACUAAAACUUCAAAAAACUGUAAUUUUGACAGAUUCACUGAGUUCUUUAAAUGCCCUAGCCCGGUUCCCGCUUGCUUUACAUUAUCAAUUCCCCGUCAUUUCCGAAAUUAGAAACUUGUAA